AUAAAAGCGCUUAAAAAAUUCGUGUCCAAAAGCGCGGUGUAAAUAAACAGAGAGCAUGUUUUGUUAACACACAAAGAGAAAGAGAAUUAGCAGUGAACAGCUUGCUUUGUUGCAUGUCAAUGAAAUGUUGAAGAAAAUCAGCUGAAAAUCUGCAAAUGCAAAAACACGUAAAUCGAUUAAAGUGAACAGUGACAAAAUUCAACUUAUGUCACAAAUCUAAUCGACAAAAAUUUUCUCCUCGGAGGUAUAAGAGUAAAUAUGUGAACUUGCGGUUUGUGAGUUCCUCGAGGCGGUCAUAUUCCGCCCAUUAGAUGUUUUUUUUUCAAAUCUCGCGUAACUUUUGAAAAGGUCCAAUGUAACAUUUUCGUCAACUCGAGAAAAACGAAGUUGAAGACCCAAACCAAGGCGUUAUACUAUAGGUGGACCGCAAUGUCAAAAUUGCUGUUCGGCCAUUGCUCGUGAAAAAACAAAUUUGUUUACAAAGCAAAUCAUAUCAUUUGGUGACAAAUGCAUUCGUUGGCAAAAUAGCUGCUCGCGCUUCACUGUAGGCAGGUAAUUUUCUGGAUUUUUUUGUAUAACAAUUUCUCAUAAUUGCUUCUACUUUUUCAGAUAUCUACAAUCAGCGGUCGAAUUAAAAACAGUGCAGAAGGAUGUUUUGAGUAUAUUUUACUUUCUAGCCGCGCAAUCAAUGCUUUUCUUUCCAAGCAAGCAGCGUUUUUCGUAUGUGGUUUUAUGGAGCAUUUAAAAGAGAGUGUUAUUUUUUUUUGUUUUAUCACCAGGGCAAAAGCAUGAAAUAGAAUCGUACGUGGUACGAAUUUAUCGGCACAAUCUGAUCAAGGACGGAGGCAUCAUCAAACGGAAACUACGCGAAAAACUUUUCGAAGAGAUAAAACUGCGCCGCAACACUCGUGUGAAAAUGGACAAGUUGGGCUGGGUGCUGAUGAACCACAAUUUGAUAACACGUAAUGAGCCAAUCCAACAGCAUGCCAAUGGUAAUCGACCAAAUCAUUUUAAAUUGAACAUGGAGCGGUUGUGCAACCUACUGGAGCAGCAAGAACACAACAAUCACGCUGAGUUGACUUCCAAAAAGCAAAACAAAUUCCUGCGUAUGCUGGAUGCAAUUUUACAAAACGACAUAGUUUUGAAGGAAAUUAAAGAGAUGGUAGCGGCGAAUCGACUUCUAUCGGAAAUUCGUUAUGUGACUACGGUGGAACGUAUGCUGACACACAAUUUGGACCCCUCUUUGCGCUGCUGCUUUGUAUGCCGAGAGUAUUUCCGCACUGCCGAUGAGUAUACCAGUCAUUUCGAAAAAUUGCACGGUGAGAAAUUUCUUAUUGUUGCGGCGGUGGAUCGAUUUCAGACUAGUCAAAAGUUCAACGUUCUACAUCACUACAAUGCCCUUAAUCCGGUGACAAUAUUCACGAUUUGCAACGUAUACCACACAGCCCUAAUAAAAAAAACAAGAAAAGACGGGUCUAAUAUUUUACAAUAAAGUCUACAAUCUACCACUUUCCACGAAAAUCGGAGAACCACUAUAUCGGUUAGACAUGGAAUGGCUGAUACAUAUAAGGCAGAAAAAAUGUUUAACUUUGGAAUUCAACAUCCUAUAUUUCCUCGUACCAUUAAGUUCAUGGCGCAUUUGAUGUCGGUCAUCGUAACUGCUUCUAUGGAAAUGACGUGAGCAUAUGAUUUGAUUUUUGAUUUUUAUCUCCAUCUCGGAGAAAAGUGUGGUAAACAAUGUUCGGGUUAUUUUUCGUUAUGAGAGCCUUGUUUCCACAUCCUUUUACUGCACAAUA